GAGUGGCGCUUUUGUUAAUUUAGAAGAGAAAAGAUAUAGAGCUUUUGAGAGGGUGGGCGUGGGAAGCUCGCCUCCCUCGUGCGAAAUCGCACUUUUCCCUAUGUAGAAUUUUCAGAAGCAAUCAGUUCGUUGUGGGCAGUGGAAGAAAAAUCAUCUUGUAUAACCUUUCCUAUGAAACAGUGAAAAAAGUGAUUGUGUGACGUAAGGGUGCACCCGAGAGAAAAUUUCUUCUCAUUUAGUUCCUAUUUUUUCCCUGAACUCUCGUUAAAAAGAACUUUAGAUGAUAUUUCUAUAUCAGUAUUUACUAGAGUGUAAUUUUUAUAACUUUAAAUGUUUUAAACAUUAUGUGUUAUUAGAACAUCCAUUUAGCAUGGCAAAAGAAUGUCUUUCAGUGCAAUUUUUUUAAGUUUUCCCAUAAGUGUGCUGUUUUUUCUACAAGCGCUAAUUCGAUUGUCUUCAUCAUCUGCGAUUCGAAGCGAAGAAUAUCGAGAGUACAUAGUUGAUUCUGGAAAGAAUUUAAUAUUGCCGUGUGUUGUGAAUGAUCCUUUUACUGCUAUUUGGAUGAAGGAAGGACACAAGAAUAGAUCCAAUUGGAUACAACAGGAAAACGGUUCAUUGCUUAUCAUUAACAUUACAAUGAAUGAUGCUGGAAAUUAUACAUGUUCCACAAUACCAGGGAAUGCAAAUCUCACAAGCAAUAUCACGUCAUCAUUGGAUUACAAGACAUCCAAUAUUCGUGUAAGAACACCACCAGAAGCUGUUUCCUCUUUUGCCGUCCGUGCAUCAACAGUUAUUGCUGUCCUCAUAUGGGAAUAUCCACCGAAAAAGCUCCUUGCGAACAGUGUACGUAGUUUCACAGCUGACUUUCGUAAAGUUCCAGAGGAGAUCAUACUCGAUGACAAUGGGAGUAUCAUAGAGACUGAAUGGGAGCGACUCGACCCACUCAAUAUUAGCCCCAAUAUU